GCGGGCGCGUGCGCGCGCCGUUUGCCGCCACAGGGUUUGGGGGGGCAACAAGUGAGGGCGUUUCCCGCUCCCGCCAACGGCCGCCGGGGACCGGGAGCGCUUCGCUCGGGUCGGCGCAGCUCUCCCUCCCCGGUAUCCCCCUUCUCCUCCUUAUCCCCCUCCUUGAGGAGAGGAAGCCGUCCCCGCGGGGAGGCGGCGGGACGGGACUUCACCUUCCGUGGCGCCGCCCCGGCAUCGCCCUCAGGUGCGGAGCCUCCGCCGGCUGCGGGGGCUGGCGGAGCGCGGCCGCGGCAUGGAGCCCCGCCGGCCGCUGGGGCCGUAGGAAGGCGGUGGAGGGGUGUGUGGGGAGGGGGGGGAGGAAGGAGGGACCCCCGCCGCGUAGAGGCAGCCGGUGGCCGGACAAAAGCAUGGUGGAUGUGGAGGCGGCAGCAGGAAGAAGCACGGCGGGGACCCGCGGCAGCCUGGCAAGAUCUUCCAUCCUCAGCAGUCAAAGGAAGCAGCUGGGAAUUUUUGUAAUAUUAAUGCUGAUAGAAGAAGCUAUUACUGGAAUAGGAGAAAGUUCUUGUGAUCUGUCCAGAUUGCUGUCGCAAAGCUAGAUCUGAAUGCCAUCAAUGCAGCUGGCCAGUUUUGUCAGCCACUCUCCUAAGGAACAGCCAAGUGAAAUGGACAGAAACUAAUUGUAUGCUUUCAAAUUCAGCUCUGCCCAUUAUGUAGUUGGAAGAUAUGAGAAAUGAGUGUUGGACGCAGAAGAUUAAAGCUGCUGGGAAUUCUGAUGAUGGUAAACAUUUUUAUUUAUGUGAUCGUGGAAGUCUCAAAGAGCGGCAGCCAAGAGAAAAAUGCAAAAGGCCGUGUUAUUAUACCACGCAGCAAAUUCUGGAGAAAAUACACUCCUCACAAAGCUUAUUGGAACAAACAGCAACAGAAGCUUGAACUGCUGUACAACCCUAUUCUGACCUUGCUUUCCAAUAUGACUGUGGAAGAGAACUUAGUGUCUAACUCAAGUGUUCUCAGUUCCUGUGACCCUGACCCGUGGGUACCUUCAGAGGUUAGUGACUUUGCAAACUUGCCGGACAGAUUCAAAGACUUUCUACUUUAUCUGAGAUGUAGAAAUUAUUCGCUAUUAAUGGAUCAGCCAAACAAGUGCAAACAUAGACCUUUUCUGCUGCUGGCUAUUAAGUCACUUACACCCCAUUUUGAUAGAAGGCAAGCAAUUAGGGAAUCCUGGGGCAAGGAAAUAAAAUCAGGGGAUGUGACAGUCAGAAGGGUCUUCUUACUUGGACAGACCCCACCAGAGGAUAAUUUUCCUGAUCUUUCAGACAUGAUAAAAUUUGAGAGUGAAACCCACCAAGACAUUCUCCUCUGGAACUACAGAGACACUUUCUUCAAUUUAACUCUGAAAGAGGUGCUGUUUCUUAAAUGGGUCAGCAGCAGUUGUGCAGAUGUCCAGUUUAUUUUUAAGGGUGAUGAUGAUGUUUUUGUGAAUACGCAUCAGAUCCUGGAUUACUUGAAGAGCUUAUCGAAGGACAAAGCCAAAGACUUAUUCAUAGGUGAUGUGAUCAAAGAUGCUGGACCUCAUAGAGAAAAAAAAUUGAAGUACUACAUCCCAGAAAGUGUUUAUGAAGGUUCGUAUCCUCCAUAUGCAGGAGGUGGUGGGUUUCUGUACUCUGGUGAUCUGGCAUUAAGAUUGAAUAAUGCAUCUGAGCAGGUACUCCUUUACCCUAUUGAUGAUGUUUAUACUGGAAUGUGCCUUCAGAAGCUUGGGCUUGCUCCGGAAAAACACAAAGGCUUCAAAACAUUUGAUAUCGAAGAGAAAUACAGAAAUAACAUAUGCUCCUACACAAACUUGAUGUUAGUGCAUAGUAGAAAACCUCAAGAAAUGAUUAAGAUUUGGACACGCUUGCAAGAUCCACACUUAAAUUGUUAAUGUGCGUAAGUGUCUUAAGUCCAAAUAACUUUCCAGGAUUGGGUCUGACUUUCUUGGUGGACCAUUGAAGCUCUGUUUAACAGUUUAAUUUUCUCUGGAAACUUUUUUCUGUACUUUUGAAAAUGAGAAUAAUAUUAAAAUUUGAGGGAAUGGCUUGAAGACUUGGUCCGACUUUUCCACUGUCGUGGUGGUCAUUAUGUUUCAAUAUCAGUCUUAAUUUUAAAAAGGACUCCAAGGCUGUAACUAGCUGUCAGUGAUUGGUUAGCUGUAUCGGAAACAGGGAUUGCCUACUGCAACACAUCUUUCAUUAAUUGUGAUGGUGGAAGAUAAUUUCUCCUUGAGUAGUAUUUGUGUGUGGGUGUGUAGAAACCACUGUAAAUUGAAAAUUCACAAAUUGGAGGAAUGUAGUUUUACUUUAAGUAUGAAACACUUAUGAGACUUUAACUAUUGACUUUUUUUUUUAAUUUAUCGUUUUCAGUCUUUUUGCACCCCAGAAGAGUUUUUUUUCCUUUACUUAGGAUCUUUUGUGCAAAGCAUGCCUGUGCCUGAAGGAUUUACUCUUUUACUAAUUAUGCUUUUUUUACCAAAAAAAAAAAAAAGGCAUAAUACUGUUUGAAAAGCCCCAUAAAAGAGCUGAAUGUAUAAGGACAAGGAAGAGCAGAUUUUGUUUGGGGCUGGGCACUGGGUACAGUUAGGUCUGUUCCCUGCCCCACUUACGUGAGGUAAAGCUGAGUUAUUGAUAAUGUUGUUUAUGAGAAAAGCUACUCUGGUUGGUAGUCCUUGCUUUCUCUUUUGGCACUAAAUGUGAUCAGGUAGCUUGGUUUGAUGCAAAUAACUGAAAUUGCACAUUGCUUACGAGCAUGGUUUGGAUAUCCUACAGAGAGGUAGCAAAUCUAGAAUUGUACAGAUCCUAAGAGUUUUGAAUUUUGAAACAAACGUUAAAGUUGCAUGAUGUCUCAUGUAGAGUUAAACAUGUUCUCAAAACUCAAAUCUUCUUCUAUAUUUCCACAUCUUGCUUAUAAGAGUUAUUCUAAAUAGUGGUUGCUUCCUUUGUAUAUGUAGAAGUGCCUGUCUAUUUAUUGUUCAGAUUGAAGACCAAAACGUUUUCUUAAAUAUAUUUUGUGUAACAUUUUAUUUGUAUAGUGUUGUCACUCAGAUAUUUAAAUAGAGCAUGAUAUUUUAAAUCUGUGAGAAGUGUAACAUGUUAAAUAAAGCUAAUUGUUAUUUUUGAAUUUGAAAAAUAAAAUGUGAUUUAAAUA